UUUAGCACAAAUAGAGCACCAUACUUCAAUGGAGUAGAUUUUCCUUAUUGGAAAAUUAGAAUGGAAACUUACCUUCAAUCUAUUGACUAUGAUUUGUGGCAUAUUGUGUCUAGUGGUCCUUGUGUUGCUAAACAUGUCAUAAAUGGUGUUGAAGUAAUUAAGACUUAUGAAGCAUAUGAUGAAAAUGAUAAGAAAAUGCUUUCUAAAAAUGCUAAAGCUAAAUAUGCUCUUAUAUGUGGUUUGGAUAGAGAUAUUUUUAAAAAUAUUGAACAAGCCUCUACCGCUUAUGAUAUGUGGAAAAUGCUUGAAGUUACUCAUCAAGGAACUAGUGCUAUGAAGGAAACUAAAAUUCAAAUUUAUUCCACUCAAUAUGAGAACUUUAAGAUGAAAUCGGAUGAAACCAUUGCUAAUAUGUAUACUCGCUUCACUACAAUUACUAAUGGUUUGAACUCUCUUGGCAAGGUACUUACUCAAAAGGAUAUGGUGACCAAGAUUUUGAGAAGUCUCACCAAGGCUUAUCAAGGAAAGGUGGUUGCCAUUCAAGAAGCCAAGGAUCUCUCAACACUUCCCUUGGAAGAACUAAUUGGCUCACUCAUGAACCAUUUAGAUAGUGGAUGUUCAAAGCAUAUGACCGGUGAUCCAUCAAGAUUUUCAAGCUUUAAAAGCAAGGAAAGUGGCUUUGUCACUUUUGGAGACAAUUCAAAAGGAAAAAUCUUGGGCAUUGGUGAUAUCGGUAACAUAUACUCUCCAUGUAUUAAAAAUGUGCUUCUUGUUGAUAAUCUUAAACAUAACUUGCUUAGUAUUAGUCAAUUAUGUGAUAUAGGUUUUCGUGUUAUGUUUGGAUCCUCAAAAUGCUCCAUUGAAAAUGUUUCAACCAAUGAAGUUAUUUUCCUUGGAGUAAGGAAGGAUAAUGUGUAUGUUAUUGAUGUUGAUUCUUUUGAUAGUAAAAAUAAAUGUUUAACCGUUAUGAAUGAUAAUUCUUGGUUAUGGCAUAGAAGAUUAGGACAUGCUAGUAUGGAUUCUAUUUCAAAAUUGGUUAGAAAAGAUCUUGUUAUUGGUUUGCCAUCUAUUCCGUUUGUUAAAGAUAAACUUUGUGAUGCAUGCCAAUUUGGAAAACAAAUUAAAACAUCUUUUCAUUCCAAGAAAGAAAUUUCAACUACUAGACCUUUGCAAUUGCUUCAUAUUGAUUUAUUUGGUCCUUCUAGAAUUGCUAGUCUUGGUGGUAAAUACUAUGCUUUUGUAAUUGUUGAUGAUUUUUCAAGAUUUACUUGGGUUAUUUUCUUGACUCUUAAAAGUGAUGUUUUGGAAAACUUUGUCAAAUUUUGUAAAAAUGUGCAAAAUGAAAAAGGAUAUUCUAUUACCUCCGUUAGGAGUGACCAUGGUGGUGAGUUUGACAAUGAUGCCUUAGAAUUGUUUUGUGAUGAUCAUGGUUUUAACCAUAACUUUUCGGCACCAAGAACUCCACAACAAAAUGGAGUUGUCGAAAGGAAGAAUAGAACAAUUCAAGAAAUGGCUAGGUCAAUGCUAAAUGAAAUUUCAUUACCAAAAUAUUUUUGGGCCGAGGCCGUCAAUACCUCUUGCUAUAUUUUGAAUCGUGUUUUCAUUAGGCCCAACAUGAAUAAAACCCCUUAUGAGCUUUGGAAAGGAAGAAAACCCAACAUUGGUUAUUUUAAAGUUUUUGGAUGCAAAUGUUACAUUUUAAACACCAAGGACAACCUUGGAAAAUUUGAUGCGAAAUCCGAUGUUGGAAUUUUUAUAGGGUAUUCAACACAUAGUAAAGCUUAUAGAAUUUACAACAAAAGAACUAAUGUUGUUGAAGAAUCUAUUCAUGUUGCUUUUGAUGAGACUAACCCGCCUACAAGCAAAAGUUUAGAUGAUGAUGUUGUAGGUUUGGGAGAUGAGGUUCAAAAUCUCGAAAUUGGAGAGACUUCCAAUGCUCCUUCACAAACUCCCAAAGAGGAACCACCCGUGGAAAAGGUAAAUGAAAGCCAAGGUAUGAACUCUAACCUUCCACAUGAGUGGAAAUUCAAAAGUGCUCAUCCUAUAGACCAAAUUCUAGGUGAUCCUUCUCAAGCAAGACUUGAGUCCACUAGAAUGUUGUUAGCUUUUGCAUGCCACAAGAAUUUUAUCUUGUAUCAAAUGGAUGUAAAAAGCGCAUUCUUAAAUGGGUACAUUAUGGAAGAGGUUUAUGUCUCUCAACCACCCGGUUUUCAAAAUCAUAAAUACCCUAACCAUGUUUACAAAUUGAAAAAGGCUUUAUAUGGUUUAAAGCAAGCUCCUAGAGCUUGGUAUGAAAGAUUAAGCACUUUUCUUAUUUCAAAUGGUUUUUCAAUGGGAAAAGCGGAUAAUACACUUUUUAUAAAAAGAAAAUCCAAAGACAUUAUUAUAGUACAAAUUUAUGUUGAUGAUAUUAUCUUUGGUGCUACUAAUGAUGCUCUUUGUGAAGAAUUUUCUAAGUGUAUGCAUAGUGAGUUUGAGAUGAGCAUGAUGGGAGAACUCAACUUUUUUCUUGGACUUCAAAUCAAGCAACAAAAGGAUGGCAUAUUCAUAGGUCAAACUAAGUACAUCAAGGAUCUCCUUCAAAAGUUUGACUUGGCAAAUGCAAAGUCCAUGAAUACACCCAUGAGCACAUCCAUAAAGAUGGACAAAGAUGAAAGCGGUAAGAAUGUGGACAUCACCAAGUAUCGAGGUAUGAUUGGCUCUUUAUUAUAUUUAACCGCUAGUAGACCGGAUAUUUUGUUUAGUGUUGGUCUUUGUGCUAGGUACCAAUCUUGUCCUAAAGAAUCCCACUUAAGUGCCGUUAAAAGAAUAUUUAGAUACUUGAUAGGCACAAUGAAUCUAGGACUUUGGUACCCCAAGAACUCAAACUUUGAAAUAGUUAGCUACUCGGAUGCCGACUUUGCCGGUUGUAAGACGGAUAGAAAAAGUACUAGUGGAACUUGUCACUUUUUAGGAAAUUCCUUAGUGUCAUGGUUUAGCAAGAAACAAAACUCGGUAGCUCUAUCCACAACCGAAGCCGAAUAUAUAGUCGCGGGUAGUUGUUGUGCACAAAUACUUUGGAUGAAACAAACUCUUAAGGAUUUUGAUAUUAAUUUUGAAUGUACACCCAUAAAGUGUGAUAACACUAGUGCCAUUAACCUCUCUAAGAAUCCAAUAUUGCAUUCUAGAGCCAAGCAUAUUGACAUAAGGCACCACUUCCUUAGAGAUCAUAUCCAAAGAGGUGAUAUUAUGCUAGACUUUGUAAGCACCGAAUUCCAAUUAGCGGAUAUAUUCACCAAGCCUCUUAGUGAUGAGAGAUUUAGUUUCAUUAGAAGAGAGCUAGGCAUGACCAACUUAAAUGAAAUAUAAGGUUUGCUAGCUAUAAAAAAUUUCAUAUCUCUUUACUUACUUAUUUAUGCAUAAUUGUUCCAAAUAUGAUAUUAAUGAGAUUUAUAUGCAUAGAUGUGAAAAUUUAUUGAUACUUGACCUAUAUGAACUAUCCUUGUUGAAAAACUUAAAAUUAUAGGUCAAAAUGUGGAUUUUUGGUGAACUUUGGACUUGUUUUUAAACAAGUGAACAUGUGAAUUUUUGCAUAUUUGAUUUUCUUAUGUGUCUAUAUGCUUGAAUAUGUGAAAUAGAGUGUAUUUAGUAUGCCUAUAGGUUUGCCUUGAUUGAAAUUUGCAUGAAACAAAUUUUUGGUACCUCACUUGUUGAAUUUUUAGAUUUUUAGGCCUAAAAGAGUGUUUUUCGCCAAACUCUCUCAUUUUUCAACAUUUUUCGAUUCCGUAAGUUUGUACACCUCACAUUUUAUUUUAUAAAACUGCUGGAAAAAGAAUUUUUCAAUUUCGUUGCAUAAAACUCAUUUUUGGUACGGUUCUAGUUUUCUUGGCAAUUUUCGAAAAACUUACCGUA